UAUAUUUGAAUUUCCAAAACGAAACAAAGUUAAGUUUGCCGCAAAACAAUUUUGGUUUUGUUUAUUAUAUGAGCCACUGAUUUUAUAAAAAUGGAUUUCGACGAUACUAUGGACUUAGUAAUAAUAAUUCUGCUACUAAAUGAAGCUCGCAAAUAUCUCGAUAUUAUAUCAAAUGGGCAUAGGUCUCAAAUCCGCCAAGUAAACGAACGUCGUAGACUAACAAGGAGGAUUACUAGAAAUCCACAAGACUGUGAAGGGGAAGAUAAUUUGUUCGCCCAGUAUUUAAAUAAAACAUGCCAGAGUGAUCCAGAAGAGUUCAGAUCUUCCGUACAUAUGUCUCAAGCAGCCUUCGAGUUACUUUUUAAUUUGGUAGAAUUGGAUUUAUUCAAGUGCUCCAUGCGUCAUGGUAUUACACCAAAAUGUAGACUAUUUGUAACACUUUUGUAUUUAGCAAAUGGGAACUCCAAAAAAAUGCCGUCAUCAGCUUUCGAGUUGGGCUUGCCUUUUGUGCGUCGUAUUGUGAGCGAAACCUGUGAGGUGCUUUGGAACUCGCUAUGUGACACAUAUCUGCCAAUGAAACAGACCCCGGAUUGGGUAGAGCUAUCGCGCCAGUUUGAAUCAAAAUUGCAAUUGCCUAACUGUGUUGGAGCUAUAGACACAAGAACAAUUGAAUUAAGUAGCCCAAACAAAAAAGGAAGAUAUUCUGUGGCCAUACUAGCAACUUGUGAUGCCAGCUAUACCUUUACAGGUAUAGAUGCCGUUGUUUUUCGUCGCAAGGAUUAUGAUUAUACUUGGGGUUUAGAUUUCGCAGAUAAUCUUUUUGAGGGUGGACUCAAUUUACCUGAAGAUAAAAUUCUUCCUAAUAGUGAAAUCGAAUUUCCCUAUUAUUUUGUUGGCGAUAACGUGUGUCCACUAAAACCUCAUAUAAUGAAGCUUUAUCCAGGAAAGCUUCUCUCACAAAGACGUGAAAUUUUUAAUUCGCGAUUGGAUCGGGCACGUCAAGUGAUUGAUAAUGCAUUUGGUAUUUUGGCAGCUCGUUGGAGAAUUUUAACAAAUCCAUUGAAUUUGUCGCCUCGUAAUAUGCAACAGGUGUUGAAAGCCACCUUACUGCUUCAUAACUUUGCUCGGACCCAUGAUAGUACUUAUUGUCCUCCCGGAUAUGUGGACCGCUAUGAAGGUGAUACUCUCUUUCCUGGGGAUUGGCGUGACGAGAUUAUUCCUCUAGAGAAAACAAAGAGGUUUUACUCAAACAACGCUACACAAAGCGCUUAUAAAUUGCGCGACAGCUUAAGUGAAUACUUUGAAAAUAAUUAAAUUUUCUAAUUUUCAUAACCUUUAGUUUACUAACUUAGAUUAUAAUGCGAAAGAAUGAAUAGUAUUUGUAAAAGUCAUAAAAGUCUAGCAGGGAAUUUUUAUUGAACGUAACAAACGGCGGCCGCCGUGGCGGAAUGGGUUGGUGCGUGACUACCAUUCGGAAUUCAGAGAGAGAACGUCGGUUCGAAUCUCGGUGAAAGAUCAAAAUUAAGAAAAA